ACAGACUGUUGCAUCAAAAUGAGUAAUUCGGAACAAAAGCCUCAUGAUAAGCGCAGAGCAGACAGAGAAGCUGGACUGUUUUAUAUAGUGAUGGAGUAUUGUGCAGAAGGGGAUCUUUACAAGAGGAUGCAAACACAGGAAAGAAAUGAGUUCACAGAAGAGCAGAUCCGUGACUGGUUUGUGCAGAUUUGUCUGGCUCUGCAGUGUCUCCAUAAGAAGAAUAUUCUUCACAGAGAUCUCAAGCCGCAGAAUGUUUUUCUGACUGAGUAUGGAUACAUCAAUUUAGGUGAUUUUGGAUGCUCAAAAGCAUUGAAAAGAGCUGAUCAAUAUGCACAAUCAGUUGUGGGUGCAGAACUCUAUGUCAGCCCAGAAGUUCUGAAACAAAGAUACACGUCUAAAAGUGACAUCUGGUCUUUGGGAUGGUUGCUCCACGAUCUGUGCAUGCUCGAUGUCUGGUCAGAUAUUCUAGAGCGUCGCUUUCGACAUAUCACCAGCAUGAGAGGAACUCCUCCCGACAUCUCAGAGAAGUACUCAGAGGAACUACGAGAAUUGAUCAAAGAAAUGCUCAGCUGCGACCCUAAUGACAGACCUACAGCCGAUGAGAUUUUAGCAAAACCAUUCUUAAAUGACGCAGUAAACAGAAAUAAAAAUAUUCCAGAAGCAUUUACACGGAAGUUCAUGAAGUCCAUCCGGACCUUUGAUCAGGCCUACAAUGAGCACUAUAAUGAGCUGCAGAUCUUAGUCAGUGAAUGGGCAAAAGAAACAGAUUCACUAGAGGAAAUUCAUUAUAAUACCACUGCAGGCAGUCUGUCAGGUGGAGUGAUUGGAGCCGCUGGUGGGACCACUGCACUGGUUGGGCUAAUUUUGGCACCAUUCACUCUUGGUGCCUCUUUGAUUGUAACAGGUGUGGGUGUUGGUGUAGCAGUUGCAGGUGGGGUAACAGGUGCUGCCUCCAACAUUACCAAUACAGUAAAACAAAAAUCACUCCGUGAGAGCCUUCAACAAAUUGAACAGACCUAUAACAAUGCAAGUGCACCUAUUAUCAAUUCACUGAACACACUGAAAAAAUUGAUGAAAACAAUUGCUAAGUUUGGCGUUUUUGUCAGUGCAUCAACAUUUGAUAAUGUACAGAUGUCAUGGAGAGUAGGCAGAAGUACAGUAGCGUGUGCAACAGAAAUCAUGCAUCUAUGUCUGUUGGCAAAUAUCGGCCGAAUUGGUGCUCAAGCUGCCAAAAUAGGACGAGCGGCAGCAGCAGCUUCAGGUGUGUUAAGUGGUAUCUUAAUCAUAGCUGACAUUGCCUUCAUAGUUAAAGAUUCAAUGGAGAUUCACGAGAUGAGAACUAAGAAAACAACAGAUGAUCCUGAAACGUUCAAAUCCAGUGUACUCAAGUCUAUUGCACAGAUGAGAAAAACACACAAAGAGCUCUGCAGUGUCAUGGACAACAUUAAAAAUGCAAGACAGGAACUAAAUGAGUAUAUAGAAAAGCUAGAGCAGACACAGAAACACACGAUUCUGCCGAUACUUUGAACAUUUGAAUUUCAGGCUGUAGUUGGGGAUGGGUGGCAUUUCUUUUGUACAUAUAUACAUAAGGACUCAUUGUAGUGACGUUACUGUCGUAUCAUUCUCAACUCCGUUCAGGUGAUUAUUCACAGGACCGACAGUCUUCGGAUGUCAUCACAUAUUUAACCACAAUAUGUGUAAUUAUACAUAUACAGGUAAUAUAUUAUUUUAGUCACAUUUAAACUAACAAUAUUUUAGAUAUUCCCCAACCGGAAACGUAACGACUUUUCAACAAAAAGAACACGCAAAUAAAUGUUCAGUCGCAGUAACUGAUUCAAGAAAUUGUAAAACAAACACCUCAAAAGUAUUUCACACAACUUGUGUUGCAUUUAAAGUUUAUACAGAGUGAAAAUAAAAUAUUUAAUCACUGAAAAUCUCUGUGAAGUUAUUUAAAGAUAUACAUCCGAACAUCAAUCGGUCACAUGGUCUGACUGUUGUCACAAUUUCUAUAAUCAAAAUAAAAAACUGCAAAACUGUCAAUUAUUCCUUGAAUACGCAUCUUAAAACUUAAUUCUGAUUGUACGAUUAAAACUUGUUAAAAUUAUACAGUAGCUAAUAAUAAUAAAACAAAAUAUCAUUGUGGACUUUUUGCGUUUAUUAAUCAAUUUCAGUGUCUCAAAGAUUCUUGUUUCAUUGUAUCUCUUGUCGGUUGAUGUCCACUGUUAUUCCUGCAAAAACAUUGAAUUAAUGAAAGAGAAACUAAACAAACUGAAAAUGAAAUAAUUCUUGUAACGUUCUGUGAUGAUGGUGGGAAAGCUUGUGAUAGUGUUUCAAAAGAAAAGAAAAAUCAAAUAUCUCUUGCAUCCAAAUCGCCCCAACAGCAAAAAACGAACUAUCCUCAAGCAAUGAGUCUGUGUUGUGCUGAAACUAUUGAACAGGGACUUCCUGUCUUCUGCAUAGAAUAAGAGGGAAUAAAGAAGAACUGUGUCAGAGCAAUCAAGAGAAAGAGUUAAAGUCACAGAUCAUGAUAUUUGUUAAAGAUGUGAAAAACAGAUCAACUUAAAAAGAGUCUGGAUGAGUGAAGAAACAUAAUAAACACAAACUCUAAGAUUAAUGAGUAAUGGCAGGUGUGUAUGUUCCUCAUAUAAGAUAUAUGUUAUUAUUAAUUAUUAUAGUGGUGAUAUGGUGAUUUAGGAGACGGUAACUGUAUAUCUUGGGUUUUCAUGAUGAUGCUUCAAAACUAAUAAUGUCUGUCAGGAAUCACUCAGUGAGAACUUCUGAAUCAGGGAGGAAUAAAUCACUUCAUUUAGCUUCAGAUUUCUGUUAUAUCAGCAACUGUUUUAACUAUGAAACAAAUGUAUAUUGGGCUGUUUUCUAUUGUUUUGUUUUGUUUUUUUUCCUUCAUAUAUUCACAAUCAGACAAAUGGAAAAUGUAAGCUGUUGAUUUAUUCUUCGGUGUGCACAUGUGUGUCUUUUGUGUGUAAGUGUGUUAAAAGUACAUUUUCUUUUUGCAUUAUAUUUACAAAAGCUAUUAUGGUGUAUUUUUAUCAAGUUAAGUACACAUUAAUCAAGUAUAAUCAAUGCCAUUUUAUUCUACAAUUAUUUCUGUCUUUUACUAUGUGAGUGUGUUUUUAGAGGCCUGUGCAGGAACAGGAAUAGCCUCACAUAUGUGCUCUCAUGACUACUGAGAAAUAUAUGGUGAGGCUCUUCCACAGGUGUCCUGUCCACUUCUUAAAAUCAUUAGACCAGUCACAGAAUAGGAUGAUGGAUAAUGGUGACAUGUUUGGAAUGUGUUAGCCCCGACUUGUUAGAGGACAUUUACUUAAGUGAACAAAAACCAGAGAUGCUUCAGUUGUUCUGCAGUUUAUUGU